AAUCGUGAAACAGACGAACGUUGUAACGUAGACGAUGUUGUAACACCGUCGUUGAUCUGAAACCGUUCUCUACAUCGCUGUAAACUGUUAUCGAGCAAACAUCGUUAAAGCCUCUGUGUUUUCGCUUCUAAUUACUCGUUGCCCUGAUUAGUGUUAUGACCUGGCGUGCCUGUGAAAGGAAAACGUCGACCAAACUCGUUCGGCUACGUCUAUGGCUUUACGAGAAUUUCUAGUUCUAUAUUUCGAUUGAUUUUCCACCCGGAAAGUACAAUUUACUAUCCCGUUGAUUUCCGAUCUUUACCGAUAUAUAGACAGAAUGAACAAAUUAUGUGAAAUUAUUUUCAUAAAGUGAAUGUAAAGUUUAUAAAAUCGACUUUGAUAAUCGAUUAGAACGUUAUGACAACAAACGGAGGAAAUUAAUCGGAUUAAAUAUAACCAAAGAAAAUCUUAAAUAUUGAAAGAUAUGAUCGAACCUAUCGAAAUCAUUUUUCCAAGAUGUCGCAAGGUUGUCCAUCCGUUUCUCAUCAGCUUGCCGCGGCAUCGAUCGCCUUCCGUCGUGCUCGUAAAAAAUUUCCAAAGGAUUACGGCGUAAGAUCUAAGGACACCAAAACCGAAGUAGAAUGGACCAAGAAAAAUAAGAACGAUCAACCUGCGAGCUCUUCGUCCGCGAAAUGUAUGAUUAACAACGAUAAAUCACAGUGUUUUUGUUCGUCAUCCGUGUACAGCGACGAUGGUCCACGUUAUUUGUCAGCAAAACAAAGUUUAUCGAUUAAACAAAGCAAAUGUACAUGUUGUCGACAUAACAAGGAAUAUUUCGAAGAUUCCGCAAGAUGGUCGAACGAUCAAAGUGCCGUUGGAGAUGUUCUAGAUAAAGUGUCAACUCGCGAACGUUUUAUCGAUGUUGAAUCAAGGAAAUCGGUAGAUCGAUACAAGCGCGAAUUAUUAUCAUUCGAAUUUUUCUACAAAAGUCACGACCUGGAAAGAGAUACGAAGAAUAAUUUUACACAUCUCGCGAGAAGAAAAUGUACAUGCUGUCCAGUGUCUAUCAAAAAACGCGUAGAAAAUGAUUCAUCCAAGUUAGAUUCCGUUGAUCUUUUAUACGUUGCAUCCCACGAGAAACAUUGUUGCGUUAAUUCCAUGGACAAUCAUGAGCGUCUCGUUGAAGACGGAACGCUUGACCAUUUCUCACGAAGGAACCGGGACGAUCAGGAGCUUCGUCGAUCUUGCUCGAAAUUAGAUAGGUCGACGACAAGGAAAGAAGAAAUCUCACCUUUGCUCUGUACGUGCGACCCUCGCUCCCCACGAGACAUUAACCUCGAUCUCUUGCAAUCGCCCGAAGACCAUCGGCCUCGUUUCUGUCAUCGUUGUCCUGCCUGCCCUCGUCGCUCCUAUCGACAACGAUGCUACUUUUGUCAGCAGAAAAGCGAAAGGAUUUCUAAUUUUCUCCCGGUCGGUUGCACGUGCCUCUCUAUUCUGGGUAAUCGUCGUGGCUGUUCGUCGAAGGAUCACGAGAGGAUACGAACUUAUGGGAAGAAGGAGGAAGAGGAAGAGGAGGAUGAGAAUGUAGGAGUUAUCGAUCACAAAGAUUCGAUAUCCAUUCUCAUGGAAAAGUAUAAGUCGAGAAAUGCGCAGGACGGGCCGACUCAGGAAGGACAGAAAAGGAAGAAUCGAUCGAAGGGAAACGAAAGAAUCGGCAAUCGUUACGAGAAGUCGCCGACUUCGAGAAUUCUCGCUCGCGAAAACAGAAAGGAUUCGAUGGAGGGCUUGGAAAAUUCCAAGAGUUGCGAUCGCUGUAGAUGCCAAGAGAAUCAUCUGAGAUGGAAGGAACAGGAGGAAAGGGAGCAAGAGGAGAAGACGCUGCUGUUCGAUGAUGGCCGUAAUCGGAUUCGUGGCGAAGGCGAUUUCUAUCGAAGGAAGAAGCCUGCCCGAUCGAAAUUCGGAGUACCCUGGAGACAUACCUUUUGACAACCGUAUCCUCUAUCCUCUAUCAGUUUACUUUUCUAUACACAUACUUUUUAUAAGGUUUUUUAUCUGCAAAUUUUAUAAAUGUCUAACAUUUUUAUCUACCUUGUUCGCUAUGUAUAUUGUAUCUGAUUUAUUUU